CGUCUGCUGCGCUUAUGGUUUGUGUCUUUCCACCUCCUACUGCCAGAACAUGAGCAAUUGAUCCUGCUGUUGAUUCAGGAUCUGUUGUUGUUGAUGACACAGCUGCUAUUGCCAUUGCAGGUCUGGCACUGGGUUUCCACUGAGCUUGCUGUGGAUCUUGUUGCUGUAUCGAGAUGUCGAAUUGUUCCCGUCCCUGGUGCAGUUGUUGUUGCAUCUAGAGCUGAAUUUGACGUUUUUCUUCCUGGAGUUGUGUUUGCAAGUGCAUCCAGUGUUGCUGUUCCGCUUGGGCUUGCAGCACUUGCUGUUGGUGUUGCAACAGCUGCUGCUGUUGCUCUUGCUCUUGUUGGGCACACUUCAGUUGUUGUUGCAUUUGUGACUGCUGUUCCUGAGCCGUCAGCAACAGCAUCCGCGGUUGGCACUGGGUUUCCACCCGAGCUUGCUGUGGAUCUUGAUGGUGCAGUUAUUGUUCCAUCUGCAACUGCGUUUGGCUUUGUUCUUGCUCCGUUUGAGUAUGUUGCAGUUCCUGAUGUUGUGUUUGCAAAUGCGACCGGCGUAGCUGUUCCGCUUGGGCUUGCAGCACUUGUUGUUGGUGUUGCAGCAACUGCUUCUGUUGCUGUUGCUUUUGUUGGGCAUACUGCAGUUGCUGUUGCAUUUGUGACUGCUGCCCCUGGAGAAUGGACAGUUGCUGGUGUUGUUGGUUCGGGGUCCAAUCGUGGGUCCGUUCCUGCCCCUGUUUCAGUCCCCGAUGUUGAGGCUCCCCGGUCAGCAGGGCAGGUGGGGGUUCCUGGCGGAGGUCAUCCCAAGUGGGCUCGGGAUGAGAUCUUGUCGGUUCGGUCCCAUGCUGGCCAUCUUUCAGUCCCUGAUGUUGAGGCUUCCCGGUCAGCAGGGCAGAUGGGGGUUCCUGGCGGAGGUUAUCCCAAGGGGGCUCGGGAUGAGGUCGUGUCGGUUCGGUCCCGUGCUGGCCAUCUUUCGGGGGCUCCGACAGAGUCUCUCGUGCCUCAUCGGGGGUGUCCUCGAGGGGGCUACGGGGAGGAUGGAGGCGGUAUUCAAUCUUGUCCCGUGGGCAUUGUUCUUGUUCUUGUCGUCUAAAACUUCUUCCACGUCCACAUCCUCGGUAGGGUGCAUGGCCAACAUACGCAGCUUCUCCCGGAAG